UGGGUCAGCCCGUAUUGCAUCAGAAACAAACAAGCACUGAACUCAAGCCGGCGGAGUCAGUAAUCGGCCUCCAGAAACCGUCGAAGGGGAGAGCACAUCACUGUCCAAGCAUUCUCACUCACUCACUCACGUUUUCUCUCUUUCGAUCUCAACCUUCAUUCUCGUUUUCUUCUUCCAAUCAACCAUGUUUUUGGCAAAAGGAUUUGGACGAACAUUCUUUGCUGCUGCUGCCAGAUCAAAACAUUGUUCCACUACAGCUGCUGCUGCCAGUGGUAGUGUAGCGCGUAACCCUCUUCCGGACUUCUUUGAGGCCGACAGGAGCCUUGAAAAUGAUAAACCAGUUGUUUAUGGUCGGAGUUGGAAGGCUUCUGAAUUGCGUCUGAAAUCUUGGGAUGACCUUCAUAAACUGUGGUAUGUGUUGUUGAAGGAAAAGAACAUGUUGAUGACUCAGCGUCAAAUGCUUCAUUCUCAGAAUUUGCGUUUUCAUAACCCAGAGCGCUUACCUAAGGUGAGAAAGUCAAUGUGUCGCAUCAAACACGUGCUUACCGAGAGAGCAAUUGAAGAGCCAGAUCCCAGAAGGUCUGCUGAGAUGAAGAAAAUGAUAAAUGGUCUUUGAUGACUUAAAAGGAUAUGUAUGUUAUUCGUUGUGUUGUUGGAUAUGCUGUAAGAAUGGGACAUCUACUUUCAUGGAUGUUAGAAAAUUGCUGACCAAGGCAAUGUGUUCAAAUACAUGAUUUACUUGAAGUUUUGCCUGUUUAGAAUUCGAACUUUGUUUUGUUUGAUCUGAGAGUCAAUCGAUGAAGAAAUAUAAUCAAGCAGUUACUGUUCCCAGCCAAGA